CAGCACCGCGCGCUAUUGAUUUUCGGUCUGGGGCCUAGGUGGUGCUAAUGAAUCUCUGGCUCGGGGAGAACGGUGUCUGGUUGUGCGCAUGCGUCAGUAGGAGGCUUCUCUGCUCGUUGACUGCGGUUCCUCAGUCAAUCCCCACUUCCCACAGUAGGUUACGCAGUCGCUACCUGUCUAUCUAGCGGAACGGAGAUGGCUCCAAACUCACCCCGGGUUUCCCCUUGCUCCAAGCCGAUCGUUGCAAAACGAGGGCCGACAUGACAAUGCACAGACGAGAGAAGACCCCUGGCCCGCUCCGCUUGUCGUCGAUCCCGUUAGAAGCGGGGAGAGGAGCAGGUCGAUAUGCGGUGCUGCUGGCUCUCUGCGCGUUGUGCUACGGCAACUCUGUGCACGGGGAGUUUGUCCACGACGAUGUGUGGGCUAUCAGCAACAACCCCGACGUCCGGCCCGGGUCCAGCUUGCGUAACAUUUUCACCAACGACUUUUGGGGCAAAAGGAUGGCGGACAACACAAGCCACAAAUCAUACAGACCAUUAUGCAUCCUUACCUUCAAGUUGAACAUUCUCUUGGGUGGAAUGACGCCCCUCUACUUCCAUGUUGUCAAUGUGUGUCUGCACUGUGCCGUUACCUGUCUGCUGAUGCACACAUGUGUUUGCUGUGUGUUCGACGACCCCCGACUGGCCUUUCUCACCGCCCUCCUCUUCGCUGUGCACCCCAUCCACACUGAGGCUGUGUCUGGUAUUGUGGGCAGAGCGGACGUCUUGGCCUGCUUGCUGUUCCUCCUAGCCUUUCUCUCCUAUAUUAGGAGUGUAGGUGUGUGUGGUUCUGCAGACUCUUUGCCCUACACGGUGUCUGGGUGGGCACUGGGUGCCAGCAUGCUGCUGGGGACCUGUGCCAUGCUGGUCAAGGAGACAGGCAUAACUGUCUUUGGGGUGUGUGUACUCUAUGACGCCCUGGUCCUCUGCCGCAAGCCCCUCCUCUUACACUGCCCUAACCAGCCCUGUUUCUUGUGUGGAGCUCCUACAAUCCAACAACCACCAACCAGGUCCAUCAACAGUAUCAUCUGCCACUCACCACAUGAGCACACGCCAACCUUACCACCAUCUCAAGAGUGCGGUAACCUGUCCAGCUCCAAGAUGGAUCUUCUCAGAGUCUCCAGCCCCUUCCUCAAACGAGCCUGUGCCAUCUGUCUCCAUGUGGCAGUAAUAAUGUCUUUUAGACUCUGGCUGAUGGGCGGAUCCAUGCCGCUCUUCUCUGAACAAGACAACCCAGCGUCUUUCUCCCCUCACCUACUCACCAGGAUCCUGACAUACUGUUACCUGCUGUCAUUCAAUGCCUGGCUGCUUCUAGCCCCAGUGCUUUUGUGUUACGACUGGCAGGUGGGCAGUAUACCACUGGUCGAGUCACCUUGGGAUAUACGCAACGUUGCCACCGUGCUGCUGGGAGUGGUCAUGGUCGCCUUGUGUCUGCACUGUGUCACGUCUCUACAGAGGCUGGGGAGUAAGGAGGUGUUGGUGGGAGUUUUGCUCCUGGUUUUUCCCUUCAUUCCGGCCAGUAACCUCUUCUUCAGGGUGGGCUUUGUGGUUGCAGAGAGAGUCCUCUACAUGCCCAGUAUGGGUUACUGUAUCCUGGUGGCCCAUGGCCUGGGGAGGCUGUGUUCUGUGGCAGGUCGCUGGGGAAAUACAGCCCUUACUGUCUCCAUGCUGCUGGUUCUCCUGCUUUUUUCCUGGAAGACCGUUCAGCAGAAUGAGAUCUGGUUGUCCCGGGAGGCCCUCUUCAGGUCUGGCAUCCAGACAUUGCCGCACAAUGCCAAGGUUCACUACAACUAUGCCAACUUCCUAAAAGACAGAGGACGCCACCAGGAGGCCAUCCACCACUACAAAACAGCUCUCAGGUUGUACCCUCUCCAUGCUAGUGCCAUGAACAACCUGGGUACUCUGACACACCAUGCAGAAGAGGCAGAGCGCUACUACAGGAAAGCCCUGGCCACCAACCCCCAUCAUAACAGAGCCCUAUUCAACCUGGGAAACCUGCUCAACAGUGUAGCUGCAAUGGGUGUAUUGCACAGUUACAAGAAACUUCUGAAAGACUUGAAGAAUACGAGGGGCAUUAAUGCUGCCGGAGGCACAAGUUGGACAAAACUACUAUUGCCCCUACUGCCAUUAAAGCAGAAAUCCCAGGGCAAGGAGGAAGAGGCAGAGGCUCUGUUGAAGCAUUCAAUUCGUUUUGGUCCACACUUCGCUGACGCCUACUCAAGCCUAGCAUCACUCUAUGCAGAGCAGAAGCGAUAUGCGGAGGCGAAUAAAGUAUAUCUGCAAGGCAUAGAGAACUGCCCGGAAAGCUCAGACCUGCAUAACAACUAUGGAGUAUUUCUGGUUGACACCGGAGAAGGGGCGUUGGCAGCAGCCCACUACCAGCAUGCCGUGCACCUGAAGCCUGCGCACUAUGUUGCCAUGGUGAACUUGGGCCGCCUCCUUCGCUCCUCCAAUGAGAAUAAGGAAGCAGAAUCUUGGUACAAGAAGGCCCUGCAGGUGACAAGAAAGGUGGAAAUCCUGACGCCACUAGGGGCAUUGUACUACAACACAGGACGCUAUGAGGAGGCUUUGCAGGUGUACCGUGAGGCAGCUAUGAUACAGCCAGACAGCACAGACAUCUGGCUGGCUCUGGCACAGGUGUUAGCCAUGGCGGGCCGAUCUAAAGAGGCAGAGAAGAUGACACUGGGGAUCAUAUCCAAACAGGGGAGCUGUAUUGAGUGUUACCGACUACUAUCUGCCAUCUACAGCAAACGUGGCAACUACACAGAGGCUCUGGAUGCUUUAGAAAAGGCUCUACAGCAGAACCCCAUAGAUAUAUCUGUUAGGGCAGAGCUUUACUUCUCUAAGGGAAACCAGCUCAGAGAGAUGAACCAGCUGGACAGAGCCUUUGAGAGCUACAAGCAAGCAGUGGAACUAAAACCUGACCAGUCGCAAGCUUGGAUGAACAUGGGAGGAAUUCAACAUAUCAAGGGAGACUAUGCAGCAGCCAGGCAUUACUACCAGAGAGCCCUGAUUCUAACUCCUGGCUCCAAGCUGCUAAAGGAGAACCUGGCCAAGUUGGAGCGGCUGGAGAGGAGGCUGACUGGGGACUAGACUAAACCAGAGACAAAGCAUCCUAAAUUAAGGAAGAAAGACCCUGGAUGUCCCAGCAUUAUAGCAGCUACCAAGCUUCUGGUUAAAAACAGACCUGGUUAGAAAAUCAACCUAAUUUGUUGAUGAUAUGAGAUGUUGAUGAACAUGACAGGGCUGUAGGGAAGACGGGGAGAUUGAGUUUUAGGGGAAGAUGAGGUUUCAGUCAUCUUCUGGAGAAAGAAGAUAGAGAGUGGAUCCUAACAGAUGGCGAUGUAACCACCAGCUCUUAAAACUGGACUUGAUUUUGGUUUACCAAGAAGUCUCAGGUAAUUGGUCAGAUGCUUGAUUAAGUUAUAGGGUUCGUACAUGUAAGGAAACAAUUUAAAAUGAGAAUCAGAAAUGGAACAAAUAACUCCACCUCUCUUUACAAGUUGCAGGCAACCAAGGUCCCCUCCCAGUUUUUAUUGGACCUGUCCCCCUUGGAAAUCAUGAUUUGUCCAUAGCCCCGGAACUAAUGCAGUUUGUGAUGUCAUGCAGUCUGUUGUAUCCUGACAGAUCUGACAGAUUUGUUUGCGUACUGUAGUUUGUCUACAAAAUGUUAUACUGGACCAGACUUUUAAAGGUAGGACCACUAGCUCCACGUAUCCCCCAGACUUUAAAGGAAGCUUUAACCCUAAUUGCUCUGCUUAAAAAAAACAUUUUCUUUUUUUUUUUUAGGCCUGUAUUAGGCAAGUGAUUAAAGAUUUUUCCUCCCAUAUUUGCUCAUGAGUAAAAUCAUAAAAACUAUUAUGAUAUUUUGAUUUAUGUGUGUUGUUCACAAUAAAAGCUCCAAUAAUUAGUUAUUUUAGACAAAUAAAGGUUUUGUCAAUAUUAAGGAUGGUUUGCUAAAAGUGUUUGGCCUUGUCCUAAUUGCAAUGUGGCCCUUACAAUCUCUAAGCCAGAGUUUGUGCCUGGGUUACUCUGUAAUGAGUAUCCUUUUGCUCCAUGAACACAUAGACAACAUGUGCUUUCAAACUUUAGCUUUCGCAGAUCCUCUGAGAAAAAAGCAAGGUCUGCUAUAUUUAGUCAAGUAGAAAUUAAUUCACUUUACAAAAAACAAAAGUACAUUUAAAUAUAUUUUCUUUAGCAAAUAUAUUUAUUAUUCAUACUGUAUGUAACACUUUAAAAUAAAUGUUGAAAUGCAUGAAAAAUACAUAAUUUGGACAAUCUGAAAAUUCACAUCCUAUCCUAAAAUACAUUUGUUUUAAAUGUAUUUGUUUUUCAUUUGGAUAGUGUCUCUAGACUCCUAAGGCCUAGCAUAUAAUUGACCCUCUGACCUGCUCAACAUUUACAAUGCUGUUUCUGUGUUAUUGUUGCUAUUGAUGUGCUAUGAAGAUUGUGAAUUAAAAUGUUAUGUGGAAUGUAAAAUGGAAUGAAGAUGACUUCUGCGAUGACUGAGAUUGAUAUGCACCAUAAAAAUAAAUAUAUGCUUUGUUAA